CGCUCUCCCCAGGCAGCUCUCGCGCUUAUCCAGCAACAGCCGUUACCUGGUUACCGGUGGCCGGUGUCUCGCGCAGCAGUGCAGUGCGACGGUGAGGGACUCAGCUUUCAGAGCGCAUUCACACAGCGGAGAGUUUCACAGGCACGAGCUCGCCGCUUCCAGCCGCCUCAUGCGCUUUCAUUUCCGUUAUCUCCCUCUUCCCCUCCCUUCCUCCUGAUCCUCACUCGGGUUCUGCGGUUCUGCAUGAAUCCGGAGCUCCAGACUCGCGCUGCUGAUCACAGGACAAUGGCUCCGAGCUGAACGCCGUGUGAGAGAGAGAAGCGAUCAGAGCCGUGAUGGACGUCUCGUCAGUGAUCUGGAACAACCUUUCAAUCUUCUUCAACGAGACUUUUAUUGAUGAGACUUUUCUCAACAGGACCAAUGACACAUGCCUCUUCAACACAUCCAGCUGCAACAACGGAACUGGAGGAAGCCGUCCAGGCAUCGGUGUAGCCGGUGUCCUUAUCCCGCUCAUAUACAUCAUCGUGUGCAUCAUCGGCCUGGGCGGAAACACUUUGGUCAUCCACAUCGUCCUGCAUUACUCCAAGACGGAAUCCGUCACCAACAUCUACAUCCUCAAUCUGGCCAUUGCCGAUGAGCUGUUCAUGCUCAGUCUUCCCUUCCUGGCCGUCCAGAACGCCAUGAUGUCCUGGCCCUUCGGCUCCUUCAUGUGUCGUCUGGUGAUGACCGUCGACGGGAUCAACCAGUUCACCAGCAUUUUCUGCCUGACGGUGAUGAGUAUCGACCGCUACCUGGCCGUGGUGCACCCCAUCCGCUCGUCAAGGUGGAGGAGACCGCAGGUAGCCAAGGCCGUGAACGGUUCUGUGUGGGCGAUGUCUUUUAUAGUGGUUCUGCCGAUGGUGGUCUUUGCUGGUGUGUUCGAGAAAGGAGGGACGUGUAACAUCAACUGGCCAGAGUCGUGCACCAUCUGCCGUGCCGCGUUCAUCAUCUACACCUCCACUGUAGGCUUCUUCUUCCCCCUGCUGGUCAUCUGUAUGUGCUACCUGCUCAUCGUGGUCAAGAUCCGCAGCUCCAGCAAAAAGGUCCACGCCACGUCCAGCAAGCGCCGCAAGUCUGAGCGCAAAGUCACGCGCAUGGUGGUGAUCGUGGUGGCUGUGUUCGUUUUCUGCUGGCUGCCAUUUUACGCCCUGAACAUCAUCAACCUGAUUGUGUUUCCACCACCUAGCGAGCUGCAGGGCUUCUACUAUUUUGUGGUGGUGCUGUCCUACGCCAACAGCUGCGCCAACCCCAUCGUCUACAGCUUCCUCUCUGACAACUUCAAACGAGGUUUUCGGAAGGCCCUGUGCCGCUCGUCCAGAAAGGUGGAGAACCACGAACCGGCAGAGCGUCAGGACCAGGAGGAGCGCAGGCAGAUACUGAUGCCCCGGGAGAGUCUGCGCAGAGCCGUAAGAGAAGACGAAGAUGACGAUGAAGAAGAGGACAGGGAGGAAGUUACAGAGAUGACUGAGAUCUGUAAGAUCACUCAGAAUGGGAAUGGCAGCUCACAGUGCACUCGCGCCUUGCUCUCGGAGCGGCCGUUAGCUCCGAUGCUUUCAGAGCCCAGCUCUCCACGAGGAGAAGGGACUGGAAAAGGACCUGGAUUUGGGCCGAACACGGCGUUGCUGAACGGAGUGAAAAACGGAAAUGUAAAGCCGCUGCCGGAGGAACCGGUGGAGAAGAACUCGUCACUGGAGAUCAGCUACCUGUAAAAUCUGAUAAGAUGUUUCUUUUCUCUGUUAUUGUGCGACAGAGCCGCAGUAUUUCUGUACUUCUAGCUCACACGUUUCUGCUACAACCGAAGCCUUGUUGAAUUUCUAGCCCUGUGUGUGUCCAACACUGAUGCUGUAAAUUGUGUAAAUGAUGUAAUAUUCCUUAGCGACACGUUGUCUUACAUCAGAAUGUUUUAAAAGCCAAGCUCAUGACUGUUCUUUCAGAUUCUUGACUCUACUUGGCUUUCAGUUUUAGGUUUUUCAUUCAGCCUGAUGACACAAAUCUGGUUUCCACUGUUACUCCAGCGCAAUUACAUCAGAAAUUCUUUACUUCAAACAGAGCUGCAUGACUGCACGAUGCAGGUCAAGACUUCACACCUCCAUUAAACCCUGUAAAAGAUGAUGAAGGGUCUGUAGUUUGCUGUGUUUCUCAUCCGUGUUCAUCUGCGGACGCUACACAUCAGAUCCUGGUGUAUAUUUUUAUAUUUAUCAACAUCUUUCAGAACACUUCCUCAGGAACAUUUAAAUACUCCGAGCAGAGAACUUACAAGAAAACAGAAAUGUAAUACAUUUAUCCUCUACAGAAGAAAUCCAAUGGUGUGUUAAGCUGUUGUAUAUGGAAAUGUUUGCGGAAAUAUCGUGCAAAUGUUUGUACACCCUUUAAACACCAUCAAGACACAAUAUAUGGUUCAUUUACAGCACUUUUACAGCACAGCUUCUGAUUGGUCCUUCAUUCUGAUUGAUUAAUUCUCUCUAAUAGCAGCCAUGACACUAGCGCAGGUUUAUUUUAAUACACUCGCUCUGAUUCCUUAUCAUUACCAUAGCAACAGCUGAUUCACAGGGACGUGUACAGCACACACACAGUGAUGUGAUGUUUUCUGUAAAUGUAUGAUGUGUGUAAGGAGUCUCCAGUGUCAGUGCUGUGUAUCAGUCAGAGGUAGAGCUGGAAGUUCUCCACAUCUUCAGGACAGAGGAGUUUACACAUCUUUGUGUUACUCAGUAACAUGAGCAGCUGAGUGUUUUAAGAGAGAGAAUAAAGAGAGACUGCUGAGGGAGCGAGUGUUUAUAGCUGCUAUAAUGUAAAUGACAACAGGAACUCAUUUCAAAUGUAGCUAUAAAUGGAUAAAAAGACUGGAGCUGUAGUAUUGUAGUAAUUGAAAGUGAGAGGAAUAAACACGUCCUCCAGAUCAUCUCUAUCCUCUGAACAACCUGAGAACCAGUUCAGGUUCAGAUUGUUGUGGUUGUUGCAGGAUCAAGUCACAUUUUAUUCUUUAUUCUGUUCUCUUUAUUUUUUGAAGUUAAACUGUAAUUUUUUGUGAGGUUUCUUCUGCUCUUAUGCAGACAUGCUGGCUGGGGUGUGCAAACUUUUGCACUUAUUUUGCAUGUAUAUUUACAACCACAAGACAAAAUUUAAUCUUAGACAAAAGUUUUUAUGAGCACCAGCAACAUGUCAUGACCAAGUGCCUCCUAUUACACACACACACACACACACACACACACACAGAGGGGUGUUCAUGUCCACAAUUUCACACAUUUAACUCCUCUCUCUGACCAUUCAGGCAGUCUGUAGUCCUGUUUACACCUAGGUCCAGCAUUCUUCACCUCCAUCAUCACCUCUACCUUCAUCAUCAUCUCCACCUCCACCAUCACCAUCACCUCCUCAUGUACACAACAUAAUUAACACCUGGUUUAAAGUGACCAGUGGUGGUGUUAGAGACAGUCCAGUGCCACUGAUGCCUUCUUCAAGCUUGAGAUGAAAAAAUUUAUAUUAUAUAUUAUACUAUAUCUUCUCUCUUAAAAACCUCACAUUCUUCUGAUUCUUGAUUCUGAUUGGUUGUUGAUGAAUUUUCUUUACCAGAAGCUCUGACAGUAGUGCAGCUUUAUAUUAAUGCUCUGGUUAAUAAUACAGGAUCAUUUUUAGAGUAACAGCUAUUAAGAAGGAGGUUAGUAAUAAUAAUAAAGUCUGUUAAUAACGUGGAUAACUCAAGUUGAUGUAUGAUGUGUGUAAGGCGUCUCCAGUGUCAGUGCUGUGUAUCAGUCAGAGGUGAAGCUGGAGCUUGAAGUUCUCCACAUCUUCAGGACAGAGUAUGUUUGUAGCUGCUAUAACGUAAGUGAGAGGAGGAUGGACCUGGCUCCUCCGGCCUGGAGGUGUAGUAAACUGUGGUGUGAUGUAAUGAGAUGCUCGGAGAUGUGCGGUCAGAGGAGGAUGGACCCGGCUCCUCCGGCGUGGAGGUGUAGUAAACUGUGGUGUGAUGUAAUGAGAUGCUCGGAGACGUGCGGUCAGAGGAGGAUGGUCAUGGCCAUGCUGCAGUGGUGUGUACAGUAUCUCACUCUUUCUGUAGGCAGUGCUGCAGUAAUGAGGCGACCCGCCCCCCUGAUCCUAAUGAAUCCGUGUGAUUCAUUGGAUGUUUGCAACCCACUGAGACCCGCCCACCAGCGCAUUACUCACCUCACGGCUCGCAUUUAAUUCAGGACUGAACACAAACAAAGCCAUUAGCUCAUCAGUGAGAAUGCAGAGUGAGCCCACGGCUCUGUCAGCCCUGUUUUCACUUCACUCUCUCUCUCUCCCUCUCUCUCCCUCUCUCCAUCUCUCUCUCCCUCCCUCCCCCCCUAACACCCCUCCUCUCUGUGCUCCACUGUAAGUGUUUAUUUCAUAUCUGCUUUUGGAGAAUGUGUUUUAGGGGAAAUGUAUUUAUUUAUAAAUGUCUGAAUGCAGCUCUGUGCUCUGUCUCUGUAUGUCUCUGUGCUCUGUCUCUGUGCUCUGUCUUUGUGUUCUGUCUCUGUGCUCUGUGCUCUGUUCUCUGUUCUCUGUGCUCUGUCUCUGCUCUCUGUCUCUGUGUUCUGUGUCUGUCUCUGUGCUCUGUGCUCUGUGCUCUGUUCUCUGUCUCUGUCUCUGUGUUCUGUCUCUGUGCUCUGUUCUCUGUUCUCUGUGCUCUGUCUCUGUGCUCUGUCUCUGUGCUCUGUCUCUGUGCUCUGUCUCUGUGCUCUGUUCUCUGUUCUCUGUGCUCUGUCUCUGCUCUCUGUCUCUGUGUUCUGUGUCUGUCUCUGUGCUCUGUUCUCUGUCUCUGUUCUCUGUCUCUGUGCUCUGUCUCUGUGCUCUGUUCUCUGUUGUCUGUGCUCUGUUCUCUGUCUCUGUGCUCUGUUCUCUGUUGUCUGUGCUCUGUUCUCUGUCUCUGUGCUCUGUUCUCUGUUCUCUGUCUCUGUGCUCUGUUCUCUGUCUCUGUGCUCUGUCUCUGUGCUCUGUCUCUGUGCUCUGUUCUCUGUCUCUGUUC